ACUUUGCGGUCAAUAUUCCCACCUAUCAGACAACGCUAGGGUCUACUGAGAGAUGACAGGAGUCCACUAGUUUUGGUUUGGAGGUUCUGCUCGGAGGUCUAGAUCAUGGUCGGCCCGACGUCUUAUCUUCUUCUGUUGCUGCUGCAUGGCUGUCUGGCAGAACACGUUUUUCUUAACAGCCAGCUGGCCUCAGAAGUUCUGGUCCGAGGCCGACGAGCCAAUCAACUGUUUGAAGAGCUGAAACCAGGGGACCUUGAGCGAGAGUGCGUGGAGGAAAUUUGUGACCAUGAAGAGGCCAGAGAGGUGUUCGAACAGACUGACAAAACAGAAACCUUCUGGCUAAAAUAUCAGGAUUGCAAAGGAACAACACUGGAUCGAACACCUGACAACAUCAAUGUGAUCAGACAAUGUGUAGGAGGUCAGUGUAUUUACGGCAAAGGACUCAACUAUGACGGAGACAUCCACAUCACUAAAUCAGGGAAACUGUGUCAGAGUUGGAAUCAGGGCUUCCCACAUCCCAUAAUAAGGGAGUUCAACGCUUCAGAACCUGGCAGCAUCCUCAAGGAGAACUUCUGCCGAAACCCCGAUAACCAAGCAGGGGGACCCUGGUGUUUCACUCAGGAUCCGACAGUCCAGAAGGAGACAUGCUUGGUUCCGAUAUGUGGGGAACACUUUGUUCCAUCCACUGUGGCCCCUGCACCAAAAAGGGAUGCGAGUGAGUGUUUAACGGAUAACGGCAUAGACUACAUUGGUGAUCUGGCUGUCACUCUGCGGGGCUACACCUGCCUGCCGUGGUCAAUGCCGGAGGUCAAGAUGCUGAGCAAGAACAAAGACUUCUUACCUGAAGUGACCCUGCAGGACAACAAAUGUCGUAACCCGGACAAUGACCCUGAGGGCCCAUGGUGCUAUGUGCAGAUGUCUGGGAACGUGUCAGUGGAUUACUGCGACCUCGAGCUGUGUGAAGAACAUUUGCUUGACGACGAGUUGCCGGUUGAGUCUGAUGAUCGUCAGCGCUCCGUCCUCGCACCUCCCAGGAAGGCCUUUUUUAACCCUAGCUUCUUUGGACAAGGAGAGACUGUGUGUGGAGAGCGCCCCCUGUUUGAAAAGCUGCAGAAGGAGGACGCCAACGAGAAGGAGCUGCGGGAGUCCUACAUAACUCAGCGCAUUGUUGGGGGCAAUGAUGCCCAGGUGGCCUCUGCCCCAUGGCAGGUGAUGCUGUACAAACGAAGCCCGCAGGAAUUGCUGUGCGGCGCCAGCCUUAUCAGCGAUCAGUGGAUCCUCACGGCCGCUCACUGCAUCCUCUACCCACCAUGGAACAAGAACUUCACCACUAAUGACAUUCUGGUGCGCUUGGGAAAACAUAACAGGGCCAAGUUUGAACGCAACAUUGAGAAGAUUGUAGCGAUUGACAAAAUCAUUGUCCACCCAAAGUACAACUGGAAAGAGAAUCUGAACCGAGACAUUGCACUGCUGCACAUGAGGCGGCCAAUCGUCUUCACAGACGAGAUCCACCCUGUCUGCCUCCCUAACAAGAAGGUGGCUAAACUGCUGAUGAAUGCAGGGUUCAAAGGUCGAGUGACCGGCUGGGGAAACCUAAAGGAAAUCUGGGGCUCAUCUCAGAGAGCGUUACCAACUGUUCUUCAGCAGAUCCAUCUGCCCAUCGCGGAUCAGAGCACUUGUAAAAGCUCCACUUCCAUCAGGAUCACUGAUAAUAUGUUCUGUGCCGGUUAUAAACCCGAAGACACAGAGCGAGGUGACGCUUGCGAGGGAGACAGCGGUGGACCCUUUGUGAUGAAGCACCCAGCAGAGAACCGCUGGUACCAGAUUGGCAUUGUGUCAUGGGGUGAGGGUUGUGACCGCGAUGGGAAGUAUGGCUUCUUCACGCAUGUUUUCAGGAUGAGCAGGUGGAUGAGGAAAGUCAUUGAAAACUCUGAAGAUGACGAGUAGACUUAUGCAUAUUUACACUAAUAAAAUUUGUUUGAUUCACAAA